UCACCUCCGCCAUCACCCCUUCUGUUUGAUAGUCUUGCAGCCAUGGCAGGACAACAGCCCGUCUUUGUCAUGAACUCUGCGCCCGAAAGGCAGAGUGGACGCAAGGCUCAACUGAGCAACAUCUCGGCGGCAAAAACCGUCUCCGACGUCAUUCGAACAUGUCUUGGUCCCAAGGCAAUGCUCAAGAUGAUCCUCGAUCCCAUGGGUGGCAUUCUCCUCACCAAUGACGGCAACGCCAUCCUGCGAGAAAUCGAGGUGGCUCACCCAGCCGCAAAGAGCAUGAUCGAGCUCAGUCGCACGCAGGAUGAGGAGGUCGGAGACGGCACAACGAGUGUCAUCAUUCUUGCGGGAGAGAUUCUCGCCCAGUCGCUGCCUUGCCUCGAGCGCGGUAUUCACCCAGUCGUCAUCAUCUCUGCAUUCAAAAAGGCCCUCGCCGAGGCCCUCACUAUCAUCGAGUCCGUCUCCAAGCCCGUCAACGUCGACGACGAAAAAGAGAUGCUUGCUCUCAUCAAGACAUCUAUUGGCACCAAGUUCGUCUCGCGCUGGAGCGACCAGAUGUGCGCGCUCGCGUUGAAGGCAGUAAGGACCGUAGCCACCAUGGACGGAGCCAACGCCGGCUCGAGCGCAGGAACCGCAGCUGGCGCCCGCACAGUAGACCUGAAGCGCUACGCCCGUGUUGAGAAGGUGCCUGGUGGCGAGAUUGAGUCGUCUACUGUCCUUGACGGCGUCAUGCUCAACAAGGACGUCACCCACCCGAAGAUGCGUCGUCGCAUUGAGAACCCACGUAUCCUCCUUCUGGACUGCCCGCUGGAGUACAAGAAGGGAGAGUCGCAGACGAACAUCGAGAUCACAAAGGAGGAGGACUGGAACCGCAUUUUGGAGAUCGAGGAAGACCAGAUCAAGCAGCUGUGCAACAAGGUGCUGGAAUUCAAGCCCGACCUCGUCUUCACCGAGAAGGGCGUGUCAGACCUGGCGCAGCACUUCCUCAUGAAGGCAAAUGUCACGGCGAUUCGUCGCGUUCGCAAGUCAGACAACAACCGUAUCGCUCGUGCUACGGGCGCCACCAUCGUCAACAGGGUCGACGACCUGCGUGAGGCGGACGUAGGGACCAAGUGCGGUCUCUUCCACGUCGAGAAGCUGGGCGACGAGUACUUUACCUUCCUCGAGAAGUGCAAAGAGCCCAAAGCCUGCACUAUUCUCCUGCGCGGCCCUUCAAAGGACAUCCUCAACGAGGUAGACCGCAACUUGGCCGACGCAAUGGCCGUCGCGAGGAAUGUAGUCUUCAACCCUCUUCUCGCGCCAGGAGGAGGAGCAACAGAAAUGGCAAUCAGUGUCGGUCUUUCCAACCUCGCCAAGUCAAUGGAAGGCAUCGAGGUCGGCGCCGUCCGUGCGGUUGCCGAGGCAAUGGAGGUGAUCCCCCGCACCCUGAUCCAGAAUUGCGGUUCCUCAUCGGCCAUCAAGUUGCUCACGCAGCUGCGCGCCAAGCACGCGAAUGGCGAGAAGACCUUUGGUAUCGACGGCGAAAAGGGAGUGGUGGUCGACAUGGACGAGUACGGGCUGUGGGAGUCGGCGGCCGUCAAGAUGCAGACGCUCAAGACUGCUGUGGAGUCUGCCAGUUUGCUCUUGAGGGUGGACGAUGUGGUUAGCGCGAGGAGAAAGAGGGGAGAGGCAGGAGGAGGUGGACCGCAGAUGCAGAACAUGGAGGACGCGGGUGAGGGAGGCAUGAUGCCUGAGAUGUAAGAGCGACGGAGCCGGUAAUCGAGACAGCGGUCUGAUAGAGCAUCGAAGUUCGUGUGUGAGCAGUCGCGAAUAAUGUUAUGAGCGAGGCUAGUAUACAGGGUAUCGAGGGGUCAUGAAUCUUUCCCCAGCAAGCAUGAGCGUGCUAAGCAGAUAUAGUACGGUGAAUUGAUCAUCUC